AGUAGUAGUGAAGUGAAAUAGAUGGGAAAAUGAACCUAAAAAGCCUGUAUUGCUUAAACAUUUUGUAGCAACCUCUCAAAAUACGUGUGUGGGUAAACGUCGAUUGACAGUGAGAAAAGAAGUGCUUAUUUUCGGAUCUAACACCAUCGGUCGCAAAAUAUAAUCGCAAAAGUGUAGUGGGAAAAUCGUGGUACUAGGAUUUCCGUGCACUUUUCACGGGUGGACAACAAGCCGUCAAAUACGCGUUCAGUGCCAUAAGUAGAAGUGUUCUGAUACGGAUAUACAAGUAGAAGCAAAAUGGGAAAUGAAACAUCUUUACCAAUGGAGCUAUGCUCGAACUUCGACGCCGAUGAGAUCCGACGCCUGGGCAAGCGGUUCAAAAAGCUCGAUCUAGACAACUCAGGCGCCCUAAGCAUCGACGAGUUCAUGUCGCUUCCGGAGCUGCAACAGAACCCACUAGUACAGCGCGUCAUAGACAUAUUCGAUGCGGAUGGUAACGGCGAAGUGGAUUUCAAGGAGUUCAUUCAGGGUGUUUCUCAAUUUAGCGUAAAGGGUGAUAAGCUGUCUAAGCUGAAGUUUGCCUUCCGAAUAUACGAUAUGGACAAUGACGGCUUCAUCUCUAACGGCGAGCUGUUUCAGGUGCUGAAAAUGAUGGUUGGCAAUAACCUGAAGGACACGCAGUUACAGCAGAUUGUCGACAAAACAAUCGUGUUUGCCGAUAAGGACGAAGAUGGCAAAAUCUCCUUCGAAGAAUUCUGCUCCGUGGUCGGCAAUACCGAUAUUCACAAAAAGAUGGUCGUCGAUGUUUAAAGUACAUAAUUUUAACAUAUUGAUAUAUACAUAAAAGAAACAAAAAACAUUUUUAAUUGCUAGCAAAGAAAUUAUCUAAUUUAUUAACUGUAACAAGCAAGAGUGUAUGUGAAUGUUGCAUCUGAUGAAAACAGAAGAAAAACACAAACGUUGUAUUUUUAGUUUUUUUCUGUGUUGUUCACUAUCCAUUUUUUCCUCUCAUGUUAUAGAAUUGUAGUAUCAAACACUAAAUCUAGUAGAUAAGAUCUGUCAACAUUUAGGAAAGAUUUAAAACAUAAAGUGCAAUGGAUUUAAAACGAGCUCUUUCGCUAAUAAAUGAAUCGAUCUAAUGCCGUGCAUUUGGUUGUUGUUGAACAUUUUCAUCUACAUAAUUGUAUGUUUAGUUCCAUUUCAUUUUUUUAGUUAGACUCACUAUAUUAUCUUUUCCAAACAAAAUGGUUUACCAUUGUCAUUUUCGAAUGGUUGCGUACGGCUUUCAACGCAAUAAUCAUUCGACAAUACAACAAAAUAAAACAAUUCUUCUAUCACAAGCCACUUAAGCACUUUCAACAAUACCAGCUAUCGAGCUAGCUCUCAUAGUACUUAAUGGACAAACAAUAAGCUAAUACAAAUCAAAAUCAUCAACGGUAUACUUGAAGUUAUUCAUGCUGGCAUCUUCGAGAGUAAACUAUCGAUAAUUAAUUAACAACUAAUUGAGACAUACAAUUUUGCAAAGACAGUCACAGCAAAACAUAUAGAUAUUGAACAAAUAAUCGCCACUAGACUGUACGUACGUAAAUGUCUUACUGAUUUUCCCCAAGUUUGAUUGUACGACAUCCAAAACAUAUAAGAGCUAUUGUAGUAGAAUCUUAGGUUAGGAGCCAAUUAUUCUAUAUACUAUUGUUGAGUCUAAAUUGAUGUCCCCGUUAUAAAUUGUACUUGCUACUAUUACCACAAAUGUUACUCCGGAUUGAACCUCCCUGAAAACCACCGUUAUUAUUAUCUCCGUCUGUCAGUGAUAUGUAAAGAUUCUUUCGCGCCAAAAGAAUGAACGUCACCUAAUCCGAUUAGGUUUUUCUUUUUAAGUACGAAAAAAAUGUUGUCAAGCACAUACAUAUAACAGACUUUACACAUACACACCUGCAAAUAAAACUACUGUUCAUCACUAGUUAUAUUGAUAUAAUAAUAAAGCAAGGCCCAUUCGAACGAGUUUCCAAUUUUACAUCCUGCGUAAUCUGCCCAUUGGUCCAGAAGACGGUAACUCCAGCUCCCGUUCCCGUGCAAUGAAUCUUAAAUGCAAUAGAACCAUGUACAAUCUCACAAGAACUGAAGUCAGCGUUCUUUUGUCCAGUGGACGAUCGCAAGGACCAAUUCGUGUAUGUGUCGGUCAGCGAAAAAAAAACUGCUAAGCGGAAAGAAACUUAUACUAAACACUUAUUUACCGCCUAGCCUGCCGGAGAAAUGCAUUGAAGAAAUUAUCUAUUUCUAUGAACUUACGAAGGAAUAAAAUAAAAUCUUUUUCAAAACACUUCAAA